AUGAGCAGCCGGCACAGGACAGGAGCUGUCUGCGCCGCCUCCCUGGACAGCGCGUGCGGAGCCAGUGCCACCAUUCCCAACACCUGUGACGACUGCCACGAUAUAAGCAAAAUCUGCAUGACCACUGAGAUCCUCACCGCCGCGCUGGAGGAAUGGGGCAAUUCCAGGAUGCCACUGUCCCGAUACGACAACAGAGUAAAGAUCCUCUGGUACUUGUGGGGGUUUCUAAACAGGUCUUCGGCGUUCGCCGUCACCAUGCAGGCGCAGUGUGUCAUCAUGCUCAUGACGAGAGCAACAGAUGCGUACAGCGUACCAGCAGUGGUCAUGCGUAGUUCACACCUCCCAGUCUCCACUGUGAAUGGUGUCAGCCCAAAAAACCUGCAGAUGGUGUGGUAUGGUGUUGCAGAUCGCAAGGGUGAGAGCAUCUGGGACCGCAUGCUCCACGAACACCCGGAGCACGGCACGAAUGGCGACAAUGGCGACGUGGCCUGCGAUGCGUACCACAAGUACCAGGAGGACGUGCAGAUGCUGAAGGCGAUCAACGUGACGGACGUGUACCGUUUCUCCAUUGCCUUGACAUGCAUCCUGCCCACUGGAGACCUCGACGUCAUCAACCAACCGGGCAUCGACUACUACAACAAUCUCAUCAACGAGCUGCUCACGAACGGAAUCCAGCCUCUGGUGACAAUGUACCACUGGGACCUGCCGCAAGCGCUGCAGUACAUCGGUGGAUGGCCAAACCCAAUUCUCGCUGACUACUUCGUGGAGUAUGCCAGAGUGCUGUUUGAAAACUUUGGAGACAGAGUGAAGAUGUGGACCACGUUCAACGAGCCGGAAGUGUUCACCACCGGCUACGCUUCCGCGGAAUUUCAGGCUCCGUCACAGAGCUCUCCGGGCAUCGGCGACUACCUGGCUGCACACACCGUCAUCAGAGCACAUGGACUCGUCUACCGCCUCUAUCAAGAACAGUUCAGGGCCAAGCAGAAUGGCACCGUAGGAAUUACGUUAAAUAUAACGGGAAGAAUACCAGCCUCAAACUCCAGUGAAGACUUGGAAGCAGUUGAGAGGAAGUAUCAGUUUGGUGUUGGGCUCUACGCACACCCUAUCUUCAGCCAGGAGGGGGAUUACCCGGCGGUGGUACGUCAGAGGGUAGACGCUAACAGCGCAGCAGAGGGGCGUCCCCGCUCACGGUUGCCAACUUUCACUCAGGAAGAGAUUGAGUACCUCAGAGGCCUAGAGAAGCAGCCGGGACUGAAUGGGCAGAGAGGUGGGGAGGAGAGGAGGGCGUCUGGUCGGUUUGGAAGCUGCCAGCAGGUGAGAGCGGACGGCGCCUCCUCUCCCGGCAGCAGGCCGCGGUUCCACCCCAACUUGACCACCUCAAAGCCUCCCUACUGGGACCAGACCGGCAGUGGCCUACAAUUCCGCCGCCAAACAACCAGCGGCAGAAAACCGUGGACGGCACGACUGGAUCUGGUGUUGCUUGAAAAUGCCGGAGGGACCAGAAAAAUAAGGCGCGGCCAAGCUGGCGAAGAAUGCGCCCCUGCUCCCGGCGCUGCCUGCCAGAGAAAACGCGAUAGAACACCAAAUCGUGCAGUGCAAAGCCAGAACGAGGCGAAGCAGCGGGAGCGCGCGGCGGCGGGUGCAAUAGCUGCAGGAGCGACCGAUGGGCGCGGCCAUGUUGCAGUUCCGCUGGGGAACGGGUGCCGCGCGGCUGGGAGCGAUAUGAAGCAAGGAAAGUCCAGGGCGCGCGCUCGCUAG